AUGGCUGCGCUCUUCAAGGACUCCCCCGAGUAUGAGGCCCGCAAGAAGGUGCCCUUCUCGCCGCCUGCCAUCACCAUCAAGGAUGUCCAUGCUGCGGUCCCGAAGCACCUCUUCAAGAGGAGCACGGAGAAGUGCCUCUACUACGUCGGCAGACAUGUGGCCGUCUCCUUCGCGUUCUACCUGUGUGCGACGCGCAUCGACUCGACGGUGCUCCGCAUAGCGUCGCAGCACGACCUAGGCAGCCGAGCGGUGUCUGCGCUGCGCUACGCGUUCUGGGCAUUGUACUGGUUCUGGCAGAGUGUCGCAUUCACCGGUCUAUGGACGCUGGGACACGAAUGCGGUCAUGACGCGCUCGCCCCCAGCGCACUUCUCAAUGCUGUGCUCGGCCUUGGUCUGCACACCUUUGUACUCACUCCAUACUACGCGUGGCGCGCAACUCAUCGCUCUCACCACAAAGGGACAAACAACCUUGAUCGUGACGAGACAUACCAUCCGCAAACACGCGAGGAGCUGAAUCUACCCCCUGAGCAUGUUGCGACGCCAAUGGACUACAAAGAGCUCAUCGAAGAAACGCCACUAUACACACUGUGGAAGAUGGUGAUCCGACAGUUCCUGGGCUUCCAACUGUACUUGAUCCACAACCGAAAAGGCAACCCGAAGUAUCCGCCGUGGACGAGCCACUACAAGCCCUCGUCAUUGCUGUUCAGGCCAGAAGACCGCCCCUAUAUCAUCCUUUCGGAUGCUGCUAUGGCAGUCAUGAUCUGCCUCCUUAGUUUUUGGAUCCACAGCACGAGCUGGAACAACGUCUGGAGACUCUAUGUGGUCCCGUGGCUGUGGGCCCAUAACUGGUAG